AUGGACAACAGGGAGUUUUCUCUGAACUGCUCUUGGGUAGAGAACACAUCUCUCCCUGCCUACUCCUCAACGUCCUCCUCCUCCUUCACUGGGUUGGAUCUCCUAUUUGACCUGAAGCCCCUAUUCAUCCCUCUCUACUCCAUGGUGAUCCUGGUCGCCUGCUCUGGCAACCUCCUGCUGCUCUUCCUCAUCGGGCUCAACAAGAAGAGACACAACACCACCAACUUCCUGAUCGGCAACUUGGCGCUAGUCGAUUUGGUCAUGUGCAUCUUCUGCGUGCCCCUGACGGCCUCCUAUGCCUUCGACAAGCGAGGGUGGCUCUUCGGACGCUUCAUGUGCCACUUUGUCACCUUGAUGCAGUCGGCGACGGUUUUCGCAGCCGUCUUGUCACUUACAGCCAUUGCAGUGGACCGGUACGUUGUUGUGGCCUAUCCCAUUCGCAGGCGGUUGGGUUGCCAGUUUUGCUGGGGUUUGGUGGCUGCCAUCUGGUUGUGUAGCCUUGCGUUCUCCACUCCCACGGCUCUCCACAUUGGCUACCUGGACCUGAGCGCCACCGGUCUCCACAUGGUCGUCUGUGAGGAGUUCUGGCAUGGCCAGGAGCGGGGACGCCUUGUCUACUCCUGCUUUGUCCUGGUCUUCUCUUACUUUGUGCCACUCGCCGCUGUGUCUGCAUCCUACCUCGCUAUCUCCUACCACUUGAGACAAAGGAACAUUUCUGGUUUGAUGGCGGCGGGUCCUGUUUCCAAUCAAAUGAACUGGGGGCGAAAGAGAAGAAAGACUUUCUGCCUCCUCCUUGUGUCGGUGCUCUGCUUCGCCUUCUCCUGGCUCCCUCUUCAGGUGGUCAAUCUCAUCCGCGACCUGGAUACUGACUUCACCAUCCUGGGCAAGAGCCACGUCAACGUGAUCCAAGUGUCGUGCCACCUGUUAGCUAUGAGCUCGGCGUGCUACAACCCAUUUAUCUACGCGUCGCUCCACGACAAGUUCCUGUCCUGCCUGUGUCAUCGUGACCUCUUCCCCCGUCACAGAGGAGUGGGGGGUCGAGGGCCAAGGGGAAACAGCAGCAGCUUCAUGACAUCCCACCGACUGCACCGUGUGAACACCUUCUCCACCCUGGGCGACAUCCCGGUGGUUCUGGGGAACAAGAUGCCACAGGAGAGCUGGCCGUUGCGGCAGGCACAUAAGUCCUCAACCACUACAAUAAUUGACCAUAAUUACAUGUAG